AGUAAACAGUAUGAGUAUUAGCCAGUAGGACUUUUAUUAAAAUAUGCUUCAAAUCAUAAGACCAAUAAGUGUUUUUAUGGUGUUUAUUUCAAAGGAAUAAUCAUGUGGCCCUUGCUGCUAAACAUGACCCGCGACGAAUGUCGCCGGACGCUUCGGAGACUCGAAUUAGAAGCCUACUCGAAUAUGAUGAGUGUGUUUAGAGCACAAGGGGCAUUAGAAGAAAAUAGAACAAAAUUACUUGAAGAGCUACGCGCCGUUUUACAUAUAAGCCACGACCGACACAGCGCUGAAGCGCGUCGCGUGUCCAAUGAUGAGUUACUAGCUACAAUUGCAGAACACUUAGCUGGCCCCAACACAGGCUUGAGAUGGAUCAGCGAAGGGCGCAGAAAAAUCCCACUAUUACCACGUGGUAUACCACAAACAAUGUACACUGAGGUUGCAGACAAAGUGUCAGAAACAACAGUGCUAGAAAAUAAGGAAAUUCAAAAUAGGAUUGAAAUUGAAAAACUAGAAGCGGCAAGGACAGAUCAGGAAUGUUUACAAGAAACAGAUGGUCAAACUGAGUGCCCUAUGGACAUAGAGAGUGGUGAAGAUGCAUAUUCACCUAUUGCAUUGGAAGACCAUACCGCUAAAAUUUGGGAUACUGAAAUAAUAUGUCGAAAAAGGAAAAUACAGGAUGAAUCAUAUGACGAUACAGCUGUAAAAAACAAAAGAAACAUCCCUGUGAAUGCAAAUCAGAGGCAUUUAAAUUUAUCACAAGUGUACUCAAAGUUCUCUCAGCCUGCAGUCAGUAAAUCAUCAAGUCAAUCGAAACACUCUUACAACACAGUUAGCAAAGUGUCAACAAGUAAAUCGAACCAAACACGCGCACCUCGUACACGCAAGCCUAGACAAAACAAACAACAAAAGCAGCCUAAGUCAACGACUAAACAAAACAAGAAAUCUAAAAAUGUGGCAAUAUCUCCCAAUAAUCAGUAUAACCCAGUUUCUUUGCACUUAGAUAUUUCGGCGAACCCUAACACUUUCCAAGCAAGCUACGCCCAAUCUGUACUAGCUAAUAAAAAUAGAAAAGAUUUCACAGAUGACAACACUAAAACAAUACCGUCGGGAAUUUCCAAUGAUUCACAUACUAUGCGACUGAUCACACAACCGGAAACUAUUCCACAUGAGCCCGUAGACUCAGAGAAUACACAUCCAAAUAAUCCAAUCAUAUUAGAACCCAAAACAAUAUCUGUAUCCAAGCCAAAUGUUUCCAAGCCCUGUCAGCUGGUGUUGCAAAAGCGAGAUGCUGAAAAAAGGAUACAAGUGUCGGAUUACAAAAUCGUACAAAAAUCUAAUGAGAAUGUUAAGCUGCACUUAACAAGUCGACCUCCGGUUUUCGUUGCUCCGACUUCUACGCCAAGAACUAUGAAUACACCUGGGAAACUCGUCACUACGAAGGUUAUAGGAUCAAUACCGAAACCCCGAACUACACCUGCCCCUGUUAUAUCUGAAAAGAUGGUGGUUGUAUCCAAGCCGCUAGCAGAUCACAGAAUAACUCAUCCUAAAAUAAAUAUCACUUCAUCUUCCACUAGCACUCCCAUUAAAACCUCAUUAAGCGCAAGUUUUCCUUCAAAGACAACAGAAUCUUUGACGCCGAAAGGAAUACCGGCGACGGAUUUGAGAGUGUCGGCAAAAACAUUCGUUUUAAAUCCUAAGUCUGCACAAAAGAUGGUAGUCCUGCCGGUAAAGACGAGUAAGGAAGGUCAGCCAAUGUUUCACUUCAAAGGUAUACCUACUCCAAUGAAGCUUGUCUCUGUUAGCUCGCAACCAAAUACUUCGAUGUCAAAAUCAAACCCACUUUAUCCUAAGCCAGCGGUUGUAAAUACUUUCCCUACGAACGCUAAAAUAUUAGGAGUUGAGCCAAUAAAAACAGCAAAUCUAGCCGAUAUUGUUCCAGUCAAAGGACUCACCCCAGCUACCCAAAAAAUUACAAAUCCAAUGGUACGGCCGGUCAAUCCAAAAGGUAAUGUCAUAGUUGUGCAAAAGAGUGCGACUAUCGGUAAAGCCUUGACGUUCACUAAAAAUGGCAAUGACAUGUCAAAGAUAAUUAUGGGCAAAAAUGUGAAUAAAUUAUUGCAAGCUAAAAAAUCGGAGCCCGGCGAUCCCUCAAAGCCCGGCAACGUGAUUGUACUAGAGCUAAAUAAUGAGCAGUCGGGACGGACGACUACACUGUCGGAGAUAUUAGACAGUCGGGGCACAAGUACGGCCCGCGAAAUGGAACACAGCAGUGGAGCCAUCACAGCAGACACCCCCGUACUAUUUGAUAAUCAGAUCGUCGAAGCUAAUUGCAAUCAAAACAGCCUAGAUUCUACAACGAGUAUAAGUGACAUUGUUCCUAUGCAAGAUGCUAUUGAGAAAAACAAUAAAUCAAACUUUAGCCAUAGAGAAGAUUUAAAAAAUUCUUCGAGUGUUACUGAAUGGGAGAUGGAAUUAGAAACAGUUUCUAGAAAAGAAAAAGAUGAAGACGAUAAAUUGAACUCGCUUCAUCUGGAUCUGGGAAUGUCGAGUGAAAGCGAUAGUGAAUACAUAGUAGGGGGGAAAGGGAAGAGUGAACAUUCGUCCCAGGAUAGUUUACAGCAAGAGACACAAAGAGGGAUGAGCAGGGAAAUGUACAGCGGCUCGAGUGGAAUAUCUCUGGCGACGAGAACCAUGCUCAGUCAGCUGCAAGACGAAGAAUCGAGUAACGAUUCUUCGUUCGCGCUCAAAGCGAAAAAGUCGGACGCGAAAGAUAUUAAAAUCGAUAAGUCUGACUUGGAGGCUCUGUCUAAAGCGAAAGCGAAGUUGACGCAAAAGGUGGCAGAAGCCCAGUCGCGACAGAAGCGAAUUGACGUGUACAGUACAGCCAUCACCAGCUCCGAAAUAAACUUAGAUUCGUUUUCGUAUUUAGAUGAGGGUUUGAUGACCGGAGAUGACGUAUUCGCACAUGACAAUAAGCGGGAGAACCGUACGGACGUUCUAGACGAACACUUGAGUUACCUCGGCGAGGACUCGGCGAACUCAACAGACUCACAGACAGUAAGUGAAAGUUUGACAAGUAAUGAGCAAUAGUCGUGUAUUGGUUUGUGAAAAGGACAUGUGAUGUGAACUAAUUGACUGCCUUUUAGCAUAAUGUCAAUUGCCUUGUUUUCUGUGAAAAUAUUAUAUAGAUAUUUGUUUUUGUAAGAUAGGUCUGUGUGUGAGUGUCGAGAGGCUAUAUAUUGUCGAUUUGUGAAGAAUUUUUUAUUAAUAUUUCAAAAGCUUGAUAUUUUUAUAAACUUGUAUGUAUGUACAUUGCGUAUUUUUAUUGGUUUUUGUAUGAUUAGUUUAAUUUUAGUGUAUAAAAAUUUGGUACAAAAGUAUUUUAUUCGGCAAACUAUAUAGGUGUGAUGAUCGUUACUGCUAAUUAUUGAUACAAGAAAACUGUAAUUUUUGUGCUACAGUUUUAACUGUGUCAGAUGUCUUUCGUGUACUUAAAGGGAUGGCAUAUUCAAUGAAAAAAUAAUCAGAAUUUGUACUACAAUAUACCCACCCUUUCAACAAUAUAAUAUUAUUUCUCACGAAGGCCAAACCGCAGUUUUUAUCUGUAUGAUUUUGUAAGUAGUAACUAACGGUAGCGGUUUUAUCCCGCAACUGAUUUUAAAAUAUUAGGGCGGGUCCAAAUAUAACGCAUGAAACCGAAUGAAUGCUAUAGAACGAAAGAGAAUGUAUAGCGAGGAGAGGAGAGAUAUGAAAGAAGGGUGGCACUUUUUUGUUAUCGUUUGCGUCUUUGUUAGGGGAAAAAGCCCUUCAAAAUAGUUUGCGGAUAAAAACUCCGCCAAAUUUCUGUAUACAGAACUUAUUGGCACGAUAACGCGUUAAUUGCAAGCUGAUUUUCUCAUUUAAGAUAUUUUUUAUGUAAGAGACAUCAUUCUUAAAUGUAAGGGUCUUAACUCUCCUCACUAUACAGUCUCUUUCGCCCUCGUUAGGCUGUGGACCCGGGAUAAGGUUAGUGAGUGAGUGGUUCCAAUACUUGCGAAAUUUACAUAGAUGACAUUCUUUUCUCAUUGUAUUACAGCAAGUUUCUGUCAACAACAAUAUUUACUGAAACGAAAUCUAUCUUCACUGUUAAAUUCAUGGAUAAUUUCGAGGUUUUUAAUUAUAGUGUUGGAUACACGUCGCGAUUAACCAUCAGCGGCUAUAGCGGUUAACCGCUUGCUGAGAAAGAAAAGCCACAGUGCGGCCGAAACUGUGGUUACCGAAAUAUCAUGUCAUAUGCAUUAAAUGUAAAAUGCGAAUAUAUAUACAUAUCUCUUUGGAAUGUAUAAAAAUGAUUGUUAUAUCAUAUUAUUAAUAAAAUACUUAGAAAGUUUAUAAUGCUCAAGCUAUAUGGUAUUCCUAUUAUUUAUUGUAUAUGUAAAUUAUAAGAUAAUUAAUUUUCAGUCCCUGUAAUUAUGUCAACAUUUCUGUCCUUGUACGAGAGUAAGAGAUUUUAAAUUAAAGUUAUUGGGGUUGAGCAGGUUAUCGAAUGUAAAGUAGAUCCUGUAGAUGGAGCCACAACCUGAGAGUUGUAUCAGACAUAGCAAAAUUUCGGUCGAUGCGUCUCUCGGACGGUUGUCUCGGUACCUAAGAGGCGCGGGUUCGAGACCCGCAUCGACCAGGAAUUUUGGUACAAAUUAAAUUUGUAGAUUUUAAAUUAAUAAUUGAACGAUAUUUUUUAUACAGAACUGAUAAAAUAAUUCACUUGUUAAAACUAACUUUUGACUUAGCGUCUUAAGAAAUAUAUUAUGCUGAUAAUAAGAUAUAUUAAUUAUACUGUAAGAUGAUACUAUCAGCAAUUUUAUUUUUGGUCGAUAUCAGUGUAGCAGGUCUACAUUAUAAUGUACCAUGGGAAAGCCCCCACAUAGUUUACAAUGAAAAUCCAGUUGAGUAUCAUAAUAUUAAAUUGAUAAGCGAACUGAAAGUGUUCAGCAAGUGUUAUUUUAUGUCAAUAGUUCAUUCAAAUUAGAAAAAAAACAUUUUUUUAAAUUCAAAUUAGCAUUUUUUAUUCACUUAUUGAACGUCCAAAACGACCAACCGAUCCAUGCCUUCUUAGAAAAUUCUUUUCAAUUUCGUACAUUGUACAUCGCCCAACAAUAGACUCACUCGAAUUAACCGAGUAGUAGGCAUAAUAAGUUUAAAAAACCGCAAAGUACACCGGAAAUGUGUUACAUCAAUAUAAUAAAAAUAUAGUUUUUUUAAACUUUAAUUUUUUUUCUUCUUUUAACGAAUGUUAGUAUUAUUAUUAACAAGCCUGGUGCUCCUGGUAAGUCUAUAAGGGCAACAUUGUUUAGUGAUCGGUCCUUUAUACGUUCAAAUUAACGUAGACUGGAUGUUUUGAAAUGGUUAAAAAUCACUUUAAAGGUGUCUGUAACAUACAUAGAUACACGUGAAGCAAUAAAGGACUUGUCUGCGAACGAACAAUCGCGCACGAAAAAUCUCCCUUCUCGUCGCCUCGCCCACAUACUUUGUGUCUUUCGCUACAUAGUUUUCUUUCGCCUAAUUCGUUAUAUGUGGACCGGCCAUUAAUAAUAAUAAUAAAUGAAUAAUGUGUUCAUCGAUCUUUAUAAUUAGAAAUAAUCAUAGUAUUUAUAUAUAAUUUAACAAAUUGGUAUGUAGAUACUAUAAAAUAAAUAAAACAGAAAUAAGAGCAUUUCAACUUUUCGAUUAACAUAAAAUAAUGAAACGAACCGUGUGUAUUUUAAUAAGUAUUUUUAUAUUAUGGUGCGUACAGAUUGGUGAAAUAUAACAUGAAAUGUAUCAUGCAAUGAAAGAAUUCGCCGUAGACAUCGCUGUAAUGCGCGUGUACGGCGAAUUCAUUGCAAGCCGAACGAACAUUCGAGCACGUUCGUGACAGAAUGGCGGAAACACGUACGCGAGGUUUGUAGUGAAUGUGCGGUACGAACGCGCUAUGGUCCACGGGUGCAGCGAACAUGCAAUGAAAGGUAGAAUGAUACAUUUCAUGUUACCUUACACCAGUCUGUACUCACCUUUAAAUCAGAAAGCAUUUAAAAUGUUAGGCUUAGACACAAACGGUAUUAGAUGUUGUUUGGUCAUGAACAGGAAUGAAUACGUUUUAAGUACAAACUCCGAUUACAAUAUUAUGGAUUCUUGAAAUUCCCUGCGCGAACGAUAUGUAAAGGUUGUUUAAUUCAUAUACUUACAAUAUACCGGCGUAUAGACGAACUGAUAGCCCGAUAGUGAUGUAAGUAAAUGUAAAAAGUACGACAAUGUCUAUACUAAGGAGCUUAUAUACAAAAUACUAAGGAGCUAAUGUCAAGCGUGGCUGGCUGUUCAAAAUCGGUCACAGCCAAAAAAAAAAUUACUUUCCAUUUCUAAUUUGUUCCAUUCGUUGAAUAUUUUCUCUCCCGUACCCUUUGUUUGUCUAUAGCACGGACGAGUAAAAAACGUAGGACUCCGCUUCGUGAUAUUAGCAAGUGAAGCACCGUUAUGCUAGUGUGUGUGCGGUUACGGGGGAUACUAGUUAAACAAUUAUUUCUCCCUGAUAUCAUCAUAUAUGGCCACAAAUACUUAUAUAGUAUCGUUAUCACAACGCACGACGGCAUUUUUAAUAAAAAUAAUUUAUUGAGACGCAAACUGAUCUGUCAAAGACGAUGACAAUUCUCAUAAUGGCCGCCUUCAGCCUGUAGUAGUGUGAGUGUGUGCGUCGGGCUAUGUAUUUACACGUUAAUCGGCUUGUUUUCGUGCUACACUGUUAUGUAAGGUGACACGGAGUCCUUAUUUUUUUACUAGUCCGUGGUCUAUAGUAGUAUAUUGUAAGUCUAUGGUCUAUAACUAAAUAAGGUAUUUUUUGUGUUUUAUUGAUUAGAGCCCCUCAAAAUUAAAUAAGUUAUCCUUUACAGCUAAUCAUCUAGAUGGCUGUUUAGCGAAAACACUCGAUUGUUUUGCAUACAGUUGGGCUAUUAUGUAUUUAUAUUACUGAUAUAUCUACCAAAAAAAAAGAACAUACUAUAGUAAAAACU